GCUUCAUUCAGAGACACGCAGUCGACCGGUUCGUUUGAGCAAUAAUUAGUAUACAAAUAAUAAUUUUAUAGAUAAUAUUUUUUUAACAAGAUGGUGUCAAAGUUCGGGAUUUUGGUGAUAGCGGCGCUCGCGAGCACAGCGACUUCCUCGCCUCUGUGCACCUGCACAAGAAACUUGCGUCCCGUGUGUGGGAGCGACGGCGAGACCUACAACAACGAGUGUUUGCUCAAAUGCGCUCAGGAAACGAACGCUGAACUCACAAAAGCUUCCGAGGGACGUUGUCCAGACCAACUGCCGGGCGCGGGCUGCAUUUGCACGUUAAUAUACCAACCAGUUUGCGGCGUAGACGGCAAGACUUACUCGAGCAGCUGCCAAGCUGGAUGCAGCUCAGUCAAAGUUUCCCACGACGGUGCGUGCGAAAGCGUCUUGGUGGCACAACCGGACACUUGCAUCGGUCCUUGCGAAGGCAGCAGCGUACACGUCGUCGACAACCAACCACCGUGUAUCUGCCCAGAUGUCCUAAGCCCAGUGUGUGGCUCCGACGGAAACACUUACGACAACGAUUGUCUGCUCAAUUGCGCGACCGUGAACAACUCAAGACUGGGUAUCGCGCAUUCAGGUCCUUGCAAAACCGAAGUGAACAUCGUCGACAACCAACCACCGUGUAUCUGCCCAGAUAACCCAAGCCCAGUGUGCGGUUCCGACGGGGUCUCUUACGACAACGACUGCCUGCUGAAUUGCGCAACCGUGAAAAAUUCAAGACUGAGUAUCGCGUACUCAGGUCUUUGCAAAACCGACGUGAACAUCGUGCACAACCAACCUGAAUGUACUUGCCCAGAAAAUCUUAGCCCAGUGUGCGGUUCCGACGGGGUCUCUUACGACAACGACUGCCUGCUGAAUUGCGCAACCGUGAAAAAUUCAAAACUGAGUAUCGCGUAUUCAGGUCCUUGCAAAACCGACGUGAACAUCGUCAACAACCAACCUGAAUGUACUUGCCCAGAAAACCUUAGCCCUGUGUGUGGUUCGGAUGGAACCACGUAUAACAAUGACUGUCUACUCAAUUGCGCAACUGCGGACAACUCAAGGCUGAGUAUUGCUCACCAUGGCGCUUGUUCUGUGGUCAACCAGCCUGAAUGUAAGUGUGAGAGCGAUCACAAGCCGGUUUGUGGUUCGGACGGCAUCACUUACGACAACGACUGCUGGCUCAACUGCGCGACUCAGCACAACUCUAGAUUGAGCGUCGCUUACUCAGGCUUUUGUAAAGAUGAAAAUGACGGCAGUCCCGGCAGCUCAUGCUCGUGUACGAGGAAUUUGAGCCCAGUGUGCGGUUCCGAUGGUGUGACUUACAACAAUGAAUGCCUGUUAAGAUGCGCCGGCAAGAAGAAGUCACGCGAUGGGGAGUGUGAGGCUCGCAGUUAAGAGUAUUAAUGUAAACUAAGUCAGAACUUUUUUUUGUUAAAAAUAUAUUUGUUUGUUCAAUAAAAACGAGGCGAAUGUA